UCAUCACCUGACUGAAUAUUUCAGAGGCUUGCUGACGUCAGAGACCCUAUAAAAAUACACUUCCAAAUUCAAUUUCCUCAGUUGACGUUGACACCAUGGCGAUCACGCGAGCCUUCCUUUACCUCCACCUGGCGGUCCUCCUCUCCAGUGCCUCCGUCCUGUACGCGUCCACUAGCGAGGACGCCUCCGUGGAGACGCGCUCGCUGGAUUUCACCUUGAAAAGUCAGCAAGAGAAAGACCUGAUUGAUGCUUUACAAGAAGUUCUGGAGAAGCUGAGGAACAAGGAGACGCCAUCUGAGAAAAAGCUCGGCUGGCUGCCCUCAUGUGACGCCGGAGAACCUUGUGCUCUACGUAAAGGUGCACGUAUCGGCACUCUAUGCGGCUGUCCACGGGGGACUUCCUGUAACUUUUACGUCCUGAAGUGCUUGUGA